CCUCCCAGAGCACCCACGGAAGCCAGCCAGGAUGCUCUCCAUAUUCAACAUCUGGGGCCCGUUCAACAAAGCGCUCUUCUACCUGAGCCUCGCUGUCAGCCUGGCUGGCCUGGGGGGCAACGCCCUGGUGCUCUGGCACCUCGGUCUGCACAUCAAGAAGGGCCCCUUCAACGUCUACCUGCUACACCUGGCUGCUGCAGAUUUCCUCUUCCUCUCCUGCCAGGUGGGAUUCUCUAUCGCCACGAUCGCAGUGGGCUAUGAGGACACACUUCACUUCCCGCUCAUCUUCCUGUGGUUUGCUGUGGGGCUCUGGCUGCUGGCUACCUUCACUGUGGACUGCUGCCUCACCUACAUGCUCCCCUCCUAUUGUAGCCCCUCCUGCCGCCCCAAGUACACCUCAGUUGUGCUCUGCCUCCUGAUUUGGGCAUUGACCAUGCCGGCCGUGCUCCUGCCGGCCAAUGCCUGUGGACUGCUGUACAACAGGAUGAGUCUGCUGGUCUGCUUCAAAUACCACUGGGUCAGUGUCGUCUGGCUGGUGAUGCUGGCGAGCAUGGCCUGCGUGGGGAGCAAGAUUCUCUUAAUCUGUGGGAAGUGCUGCUCUUUGCAGCCACCCCCCAAGUUCUGCAAAGUGGCCCAGUGCUCCGGGAUCCUGCUGUUCUUCUGUCGCCUGCCCAUGGUUGUCUACUGGUGCCUGCGGCCAGUCAUAACAUUCCUGUUCCCUUUCUUCUUGCCAUUGGCCAUCCUCCUAGCCUGCAUCGACAGCAGCGCAAAGCCCGUUUUGUACUACAUGAAAGGCAGGCAGCUCAGGAAGAAGGAACCACUGCAGGUAGUCCUAAACAGAGCUCUAGGGGAGGAGCCCCAGUCAAGACUUGGGGGGCUAUCCCUGCCUAUGAGCCAAGUAUAGAGUGGCCCAUGCUAUACCCAGCUGUCCUGCCCUCAUAGCUGCCAGGAGAUCCCAGUCUUGCUCAAACCAUUGCCAUGUCCCAGCUCUGGUUCUAGGAACUUCAGGGCUCCCUCUCAUAAGCA